UGCUAGCCACCCCAUGAACUUAAGAAGAAAACUUCCAUUCUAGGGAUUUUCUGUCUUAAAGUUUUAAGCAGUUUUGGUAAAAAUGAUCAUCAUCGCAUCUCAGUGAGCAUCCUCAAAAAGCUCUUCUUCGCUAAGACAGCAAAGGACAGGGUCCAGCAGCCAGAGAAAAGAAACCUAAGAGCUUAUUUCCCUCAUUCGAAUCUAGCUUUGUGGCCUGGGAAGCUUGGGGAGAAGAAGAUGAGGGGAAAACUGGUUCCGGGAAAAGCCAUUUUCAUUCUAUGCAUGGCUAGCUUUCUUGCAGGGUCGCUCUUCACUACCCGGACAUGGACACACCGUUCCUAUUCCUGUAACAAUGACCGUCAACUUCAAUUCAUCCCCAACAAGGUGGCCUUGUCCAGAACAGGAUGCGAUCAGAAUCGGAAGCUGAUACAAGGAGAUGAUCACUCAGAAGAUAUAAUGGGAGAAGUCACAAAGACGCAUCAAGCUAUUCAAUCGCUGGAUAAGACAGUUUCAAAGGUAGAAAUGGAACUAGCAGUGGGCCGCACCAGCCAGACCGGCCACCAGGUUUCCCAAGACACCCCACAGAAUCUGCGGAAAGCUUUUGUUGUGAUAGGGAUUAACACUGCGUUCAGCAGCAGGAAACGCCGGGACUCGCUCCGAGAAACAUGGAUGCCGAGAGGAGCGAAGCGCGCAAGAUUGGAGAAGGAAAAAGGGGUGAUUAUCCGGUUUGUGAUCGGACACAGCGCGACGCCGGGCGGGGUUCUGGACAGGGCCAUAGACGCGGAGGAGGAGGAGAACAAGGACUUUCUUAGGCUGAACCAUGUGGAGGGAUACCAUGAGCUCUCAAGCAAGACCCGGUUGUAUUUUUCCACUGCGGUUUCGAUGUGGGAUGCAGAUUUUUAUGUUAAAAUAGAUGAUGAUGUGCACCUAAACGUGGGUAUGCUAGUGAGAACACUUGCAAGGUAUAGGUACAAACCUAGGAUCUACAUUGGAUGCAUGAAGUCAGGACCAGUUCUCUCUCAAAAAGGGGUGAAAUAUUACGAGCCAGAGUUCUGGAAAUUUGGAGAGGAAGGGAACAAGUAUUUCAGGCAUGCCACUGGUCAAAUCUACGCAAUUUCGAAGGAUCUAGCGGCCUACAUUUCUAUCAACGCGCCCAUUCUACAUAGAUAUGCCAAUGAAGAUGUUUCUCUGGGGUCAUGGUUCAUUGGCUUGGAAGUAGAGCACGUUGAUGACCGUAUGAUGUGUUGUGGGACCCCUCCAGAUUGCGAAUGGAAGACACAAGUUGGAAAUGUAUGUGUGGCAUCCUUUGAUUGGUCGUGCAGUGGAAUAUGCAAGUCUGUGGAGAGGAUGAAGGAUGUGCACAACACUUGUGGAGAAGGAGACGGGUUUGUUUGGAAUGUUGAGCUCUAAGUCUCUAACCUACUCAAUCGCUGCUCUAAUUUUGUACCGAAUAACAAGCUUCUGGUUCUCUUUUUCUUGUAGGUUUUUCACAGUUAUAUCAAUGAAAUAAAACAAUUUUCAUGCUACAAUUUCUCUCAA